UUUGGGAGUCGGACAAGCAUCGUCGCUCUGAUCGCUCUGAGCACGCGACUCUCCCUUCAGACAAGUUUUCUCAUGCAUAAGAAGAAUUGCAAAUGCUCCAGAGAGACUUCAGAAAGUUUCUCCAGCAUGACUUAUCUGCUCAACGAACGGAUCUGCGCGUUAUUCCGCAGUAACUGGCAGCAUACUCUUACAUACUGGAGUGUUUUCUUCAGUUUUGGACUGUGUGUCGCUUUUUUGGGUCCGACCAUCCUGGACCUGAGGUGUCAAACUCAGUCCACUUUACAGGAGAUCACUCUGGUCUUCUUUUCCCAGCAGUUUUUCCUCUUUCUUGGAAGCACAAUUGGAGGAUUCUUCAGUAAAACGCUUGUAAGUUCGCUGUCAUCUCUGGCCGUAUCCACCCUCAUUAUCUCUGUGGUUUUUGCCAUCAUCCCAUUAUGCCGCGAGCUUCUCAUGUUGGCGUUUGCCAUGGCAGUGUCUGGUCUUGCCAUGGGCAUCAUCGACACCAUCUCUAACCUGCAGCUGGUCAAGAUCUACCAGAAAGACUCCACCGUUUUCCUGCAGGCUCUCCACUUUUUUGUGGGUCUCGGGGCGUUAGUGAGUCCCCUUAUUGCUGACCCUUUUCUGUCUGACACCAGCUGUGUGAUCGGCAACAGCAGCGUCAACACAACAUCAUUAGAAGAUCUGAGGAACAAGCUGGCGGGCAGACAUGUGCACAACGUGUCCAACGUCCACCUUCACACCGACGGAGAGGUGGUGACCAACGUCUCCUACGCCUUCUGGAUCAUGGCUAUCAUCAAUCUUCCAGUGCCCAUCGCGAUAUUCGUCCUGAUAUAUCGAGAGCGGUUGUUCAUGUGUGGAUCAGACCCCAGUCGACGUUUACUAGACGGAGACGUGUUGGCAAUAAAACCCCGGGGAACAUCCAUCCUGGCAGAAGACACCGGCCAGAAAGAGACAUCCAACAGUCACGCAGACUUGUUCAGCUGCUGUCUGCUUGGCAAAGCACACAGUUUCCCGCUGUCUUUCUUCGGGAUCCACGUCCUCGGGGGUCUGGUGCUCUUCUUUUCUGAUGGUAUAGUGGGCUCAUACACCGGCUUUGUGUACACGUAUGCAGUGGCGCCCCCUAUGAAUCUGCCUCACAAGACCGCCGGAUAUUUGACUUGCAUCUUCUGGGCUGCGAUCACCACCGGCCGACUGUCUGCUAUUCCUCUGUCCUACCGCUUCAAACCCGUCCGGCUGCUCAUCGUCAGUCAGGUGGGAGUGAUCGUCACAGUUCUUCUGCUGCUCAUCUUCUCCAACAGCAGUGUUUUUCUCUUCAUCGGCACCUGCUGUCUCGGCCUGUUUAUAAGCAGUAUCUUCCCCUGCAUGCUGGCGCUCACUGAAGACAUCCUGGAGUAUAAAGGCUGUGCCACCACGGUGCUGGUGACCAGUGCAGGAAUGGGCGAGAUGGUGCUCCAGGUGCUCGUGGGUUCGGUGAUGCACAGUCGGGGCAGCUUCAGUUUCCUGCUGUGUGGGAUGAUCUUCGGCUGCCUGGGAUUCACUUUCUUCACUUUUCUCUACUUCGUCCAGCAGAGUCAUAAAAGCUAUACGGAAGCUUUGCCCGGUAACUCUCCUGUGGAACGACAUGAGGAAAAUGGGAUCAAGACCUGCUCUGCUGCGGUCCUGAACUCAUGGGACACGCCAGAGCACAAAACAUCCCUGGAUCCAUAACAGUGGAAGAAGAUUGAUGAAAAUAUGACCGGUGCAAAGGGACCAUGGUGUCGAUGACUCAGGGAGAAAAGCAAUAAUAUUCUCGGAUAAUUACGCAAUUCGUUGACAAUCUACAUAGCUGACCGUCACCGAGUGUUAAAACGUAUGAGAUCUUGAACUAAAGGUUUAUUUUUGUAUUUAAAUAUAUUUUGCUGAACGGAUGAAUGUGCACAAAUGUGUCGCGAUUUUGUAAUUUUCAAUGUCAUGUGGUUAUGUGCAAUACAGUAACUUUUCUAACAA